GAGCCCGGAGCCCAACACUCAGCCGUGAGCCCUCGGCCACCUACAUCCCCGAUGGGGCUCCGGCACCGGGGGUGGCAGAGCCCCAACGCGCUCAGCGCACGUGUGGUGGGGCCGCCCCCUCCUCCCCCCUCCUCCGGCCGCCUCCUCCUCCUCCUCCUCCCACUUCCUCCGCACAAUGCGAGCAGCAGAGCGGGGCAGCAGCACCGUGCCGGGCCCCCCCGGCCGCCCCCUCCCCACUGCGGCCCCGUAAGAUGCGGCUCCGCCAGGAAGGCCAGCUGAGCUCUCCCAUUGCACACCUCGGUGGAGUAUAGAUGGCCUCAAAACGUCACUCGGAGCCUCUGGAUGCCGUCCCUUUUCACAAGCUACCUCGGCUGGAGGCCGAGCCUGACCCAGGCGUCCCCUCCAUGCUCUGCAAACCCAACCCUGCACCCACAGCCAGCCCUGAGACCCACCUCGGCUACAACGGCUCCUACUUCUCCUGCCCACAGACGGAGAGACAGCUCCUGCACUGCCUGCUCCUUCAGCCCCACAGCCCUAUGGGCAGGCCGAGUGCUGAGCAGGGCAAGAAUCACCCCAUGUGGGACCCCCUGGUGGCACAAGACAGGUGGUCCAGCCAGCAGGGCCACCCCUUCCCACUGAGGAAGCCACCAGCCAUUCCCAAGCCCGUGUAUGCAGCCCCACUUUGCUUCUCACCGCUGAGCUCCCAGGGAGGUGAUACCCUGCAGAGGGGUCUGGGCGCCAUGUCUGCUGUGCCUCCACCUUCCCCUGUCACCCUCCCCCAUUAUUACACUGCCUUUGAGAAAUACCAUGGUCCCCCUGCUGUGCAUGACCAGGGGAAGGCACCUGGAAUCCCCACCUUCAUCCCAGACCCCUGGAUGAAGGUGCACUGGGAGCAUCCCUCUGCUUGCUACCCACAGCCCCCCUACCCGCAACCUGCAGGCUCCUUCUACAAAGCUUUCAGCUUCACAGUGAAUGGGAAAUCUCCCCCUUUUCCCAGAACUUACCUUAAACCCCCAGACCUCCUGAGACACCAUCCCAGUCCCUCAGAUGGCUUUGUGUCACGGCUGGCUGCACCAGCCACGUUGCCUCCACUGAAAGCAAUGGGACCACCAAGGGAUCCUGAGCCUCCACCUCUGCAUCCAGCCAGGUACCUGCAUCCAAAUCCUGGACUGGCCUUCAGCCCCGUGGAUGCUGCGUUAUUCACUGAGCAUCACAGCGAUGGGAGAACGGCACCACUGGAUGCCCAUGGAAGGAGGGUGGUGACGGGGCACAGCAGCGCCUUCCACCCCAUCCACACCCCACAGAAGACACCUGUUGGGCUGUUGGGGCCAUUUCCCAAAGGAGAAGAUGGUUACAGUCUGGAUAAGGCUAUGAUGGCCAACCCUGUCCCCUGCCAGCAGCAGGAGGUCAAAGGUGGGGUUGGGGAAGCCACCAAGGGGCACUUCACCCCUUGUGGGGCCAUUUUUCCCCAGGAGAGGCCGAGGGACCGAUGGAGCAGUGAUGUGUCCCCUCCUUCCCCACCGAUGCCAGUGAUCAAAAUGGUCUUCAGCCUGGCGCCUUACAGGGAGUAUCUGGAGGGGAUGGAAGGCUCCACUGAUGUCCCCAACGAGCACCCACGAGGGGUCACACCACCCCAGAAUACAAGCAGCUGUUGGGAGCCUGCUGGCAUCAAGGUGACAUCCAUCUCGCUGCGUGGGGAAGGGGAAAACUGUCACCAAAAGAUCCCUGAGGGUCCCAAGACAAAGCUCGUGUCCCCAAAGCCACCGGCAGGACUUCAGGACAGCGGAGGGGAACCAACCCCUGGUGAUGUGGCAUUGGACUUGAGCUUGAAGAAGAGCCUGGUGACAACAGGGAGCACCCACACAGAGGGGAUGUUGGACCCAGGGGAGAAAGAGGGGACACUGGGCUUGGUGGAGGCGGGUGAGGACACCAAUGUGCCACCACAGCUGGUGGGGGUGGGUGCGGACACCAAAGCCCAGGUGCCACCCAGCCAAGUUGAGGUGGGUGAGGACACCAAAGCCCAGGUGCCAGUGCAGCUGGUGGAGAUCAGCUCUAGGGACAGGAGUCACUUCCAGAGCUCCGCCGCCUUCAUGUUCAAGAAAUACAAGAUCCUGAAGUCCUGGGGAUCCGCCUGUGCCCCCCAGCCCAGCUCCCCACCUCACACGUGGCAGGGGUCUCCCAGCACCUCUGUCCCACAGGAGCCUUUCCACAACCCAAAGCACGUGGACAUGUCACCAGUGCUGCCCCAAGCCCCCCUGCCCACCCCCUGCCACAUCCCAGCCCAGCCAUGCGUAGCCAACCAGGGUUUCUCUGCCUUGCACAUGUCCCUGUGCAGCAUCAUCUCAUGCUCAGUGUCCGCGUCCUCCCCGGAGCUGCUGCGGGACUGGCUGCGGAGGACAGAGCCAGGAGAAACAUUGGCAGAGACACCCACAUCCCUUCCUAAAACCAAAAAUGGCUCCAAACACCCUGAGCCUCAGGAGCCCCUGAAAGGCAAGGAGAUCUGGCUGGCAUUCCGGAACGCAGCCACGCUCCUCAGCAAGCUCCUGGCUCAGCUGGAGACCUUCACCUUCACCUGCAAGUGCCCCUUUCCCUAUGUGUUGCGGGCAGGUGCCAUCUUCAUUCCCAUCCACGUGGUGAAGGAGAAACUCUUCCCUGAGCUUCCCGGGGCUUCUGUGGACCAGGUGCUGCAGAAGCACAAGGUAGAGCUGCGUCCCACCACACUCUCUGAAGAGAAGCUUCUGAGGGAGCUGGAGCUCAAGAGCUGCACCUCACGCAUGUUGAAGCUCCUGGCUCUCAAACAGCUCCCUGACAUCUACCCAGACCUGCUGAACCUCCUGUGGCACCACUCCAUUCAGCAGCAGCUCGGGUCGAGGUCGGAUGUUGGCCAGUAGAGCAACUUGACUUUGUCCAUUGACUGCACCAGACCACAGCACAAGGAGCGACGGUGUGGGGCUGAGAGCUUCAGUCCUGCCUGGGAAAGGGGCUGCAAAGAAGAUCUGAAGGACAAUUAAUAACACAAACACCCCUCAAAUGCUUCAGACACCCAGGAAACGCACCCAGGACAGACAGGCUGCCUUUCCCCCACCUCAUGGUCUAGAACCUUACAGCUCCAUGCUCAGGCCUUGCAAGCAGAUGAGGAACAAGUUCUGAUGAGGGUUAUGUUAUAAUUAUUUUUUUCACUACAGGAGUAUUUAUUUUAAGCUAAGAAUAUGGAGAAAAAGGGGGAAAAAAACCAAACCAAAUCUAUACCCCUGAUUUUUCUUAGCCAAAUAGGGUCUCUCCCAGCACGGGGAGGCUGCUGCUUUAAAGGAGGUUGGAAAGCAGUGUUUGUUGAUAAGCCUGUAAUGUGGUUUUAUAUACUGAUAGACCAAUGCAUAAAGUCCCAGGGAAUGAAGUUAUGUUGCCUUAUUUAAUGUUUUGUAAGACUGUGGGUCUCCAGAAGCACCUCACCUCAUUAAAGGGCUCAUUUUCUAACA